CUAUAAAGGGCGGCGGGAGCGGCAGGGCGCGGCCGCGGGCAGCGCGCGGGGCCGGGCCGUCACCAUGUCGGUGUCGCACAGCUCCAAGCUCAACAAGCUGGUGAGGGAGCAGUACAUGAAACUGCCCCAGGGAGACCAGGUGCAGGUCACCUACGUCUGGAUCGACGGCAGCGGCGAGGGCGUGCGCUGCAAGAGCCGGACCCUCGAAAAGGAGCCCAAGAGCAUCGAAGAUGUGCCGGAGUGGAAUUUCGACGGCUCCAGCACGGCCCAGGCGGAGGGCUCCAACAGCGACAUGUUCCUCGUGCCCAUCUGCAUGUUCAGAGACCCUUUCUGCCUGGACCCCAACAAGCUGGUGUUGUGCGAGGUGCUGAAAUACAACCGGAAGCCUGCAGAGACCAACUUGAGACACACGUGUAAGAAAGUCAUGGACCUGGUUAAAGACAGCCACCCCUGGUUUGGGAUGGAGCAAGAGUACACUCUGCUGGGCAUCAACGGCCAUCCCUACGGCUGGCCUGACAAUGGUUUCCCAGGCCCCCAGGGCCCCUAUUACUGCGGGGUUGGAGCCGAUAAGGUGUACGGGCGUGAUAUUGUGGAGUCCCACUACAAGGCAUGUCUGUAUGCGGGGGUGAAGAUCUGUGGCACCAAUGCAGAGGUGAUGCCCUCCCAGUGGGAAUUUCAGGUGGGCCCAUGUGAAGGCAUUGAGAUGGGGGAUCACCUCUGGAUGGCUCGGUUCAUUCUGCACCGGGUCUGUGAGGACUUCGGGGUUGUGGCCACUCUGGAUCCCAAACCGAUGACCGGCAACUGGAAUGGAGCUGGGUGUCACACCAACUACAGCACAGAAGAAAUGAGGAGGGAAGGUGGUCUCAAGCACAUCGAAGCUGCUAUUGAGAAGCUGAGCAAGCGACAUGACUACCAUAUCUGUGUGUACGACCCCCGGGGAGGCAGAGACAACUCCAGGAGGCUCACUGGCCACCACGAGACAUCCAACAUCUUUGAGUUCUCCGCUGGCGUGGCCAACCGAGGCGCCAGCAUCCGCAUCCCCCGGCAGGUUGGCCAGGACGGCUAUGGGUACUUUGAGGAUCGGAGGCCCGCAGCCAACUGCGACCCCUAUGCUGUCACGGAGGCCAUCAUGAGGACGACGGUGCUCAACGAGACGGGGGUGGAGACCAAAGACUAUGCUGCCAACUGAGGCCGUGGGGUGGGUUGAGGGGUUUUUUCAAGUCUACACUAGCUUCUCACGAGGGAUUUGUGCCCGUGCAAUAUCCUUGGCUCUAAGUUCAGACUCUUUAGGAAUCUUGCUUCUGGUUUUGUGAAAUGUCAGCUUAGAAAUAUAUAUUUUAUAGCAAGAGGGAGGGGCCAGCCUGUUUUCUCAACCACUUUUUCUGGUUCCUGGUUUUAGAUCAGACAUGAGGAGUUUUUUACAUCUUUUUUUUUUUUUUUUUUUUUUUUUUUUUUGGUGGACUUUAUACUGUAAUGUACAGAGAUCCCUACGUGGAAGCUGCAGCUGCUGCUGUUUGAACCUGGGGAGGGUGGGUGCUUUUUUCCAUAUAUAUGUUGCAAGGAGAUGGUAAUAAAAAGCUU